AUGGCAGAUCUUGCUAGCUAUGGCAACCCUGAUCGCGACAUUGACUUGGCACUGAUAGCUUUGAAGAAAGGAACACAAUUAAUCAAGUACAGCAGGAAAGGGAAGCCUAAAUUUUGUACAUUCAGACUUUCUCCUGACGAAACAACACUGAUUUGGUACUCUCAUGGAGCAGAAAGGCAUCUAACGUUAUCUUCUGUUACACGGAUUAUUCCCGGACAGAGAACCCCAGUUUUUAGAAGAUUUUUGCGCCCCGAGAAGGAUUACCUGUCAUUUUCUCUGAUCUAUAAUAACGGAGAUCGAUCUCUCGAUUUGAUCUGCAAGGACAAAGUUGAAUCUGAGGUGUGGCUUGCUGGCCUGAAGGCUUUAACAUCGACCGGCCAAGUACGUAAUAGACGUACCAGAAGUGAAAUUUAUGAUUUACACGGCACUGGCGACACCACCCCGCCAGAACACCGGCCGUUCACAGCAACACUAGAGUUCACGUCCAGCAUCCCGCGUGGCAGGUUCAGCACUGACUCCAACUGCUUUGCCGGUUCAAGCUCACAUGCAGUCUCGGGGCCCACGUCCCCAAACAUGCAGCUGAGAACAAGUGGUGCCGAUGGCUUCCGCAUCAGUGUCUCGAGCACGCCCAGCUGCUCGAGCCAGGGCUCUGGCCCCGAUGACAUAGAGUCCCUUGGUGACGUCUACCUCUGGGGUGAGAUCUGGUCCGAUGGUGUCCCCACCAAGAUCGACGUUCUCAGCCCCCGCUCCCUCGAGACCAACAUUGUCCUCGAUGUCCACCAGAUAGCGUGCGGUGUCCGCCACAUUGCCCUCGUCACUCGCCAAGGGGAGGUGUUUACUUGGGGGGAGGAGUCGGGCGGGCGUCUGGGCCACGGAGUCGAGCGCGAUUUCUCCCGCCCCCGCCUGGUCGACUCCCUGGCCGUCAUCAAUGUCGAGUCCGUCUCUUGCGGGGAGUUCCACACCUGCGCACUCUCCUCGUCCGGUGACCUCUACACGUGGGGCGAUGGGACCCACAAUGUUGGCCUCCUUGGCCAUGGCAACGACGUCAGCCACUGGAUCCCCAAGCGCGUCUCUGGAACCCUCGAGGGUCUCCAGGUCCUUUCAGUGGCGUGCGGCACCUGGCACUCGGCCCUCGCCACCUCGUCCGGAAAGCUCUUCACAUUCGGUGACGGGAUGUUCGGUGCCCUUGGCCACGGGGACCGUGAGAGUGUUACUUACCCCAAGGAGGUCCAGUCUCUGAGCGGCCUCAAGACGGUGGCUGUCUCAUGCGGUGUCUGGCACACGGCUGCCAUCAUCGAGGUGUCCAGCACGGCAGGCCCCAGCGUGGCCUCCAGGAAGCUGUUCACGUGGGGGGAUGGGGACAAGUACCGGCUGGGUCAUGGGAGCAAGGAGACAUACCUACUCCCGACGUGCGUGUCGGGCCUCAUCGACUACAACAUCCAGCAGAUUUCAUGCGGAGCCAGCAUGACAGUCGUGCUCACCAACUCGGGCCACGUCUUCACGAUGGGUAGCAAUGCCCACGGCCAGCUUGGGAACCCGCAGGCAGAGGGGAAGUCGCCCGUCCUGGUUCAGGACCGGCUCGUGGGGGAGUUUGUCGAGCAGAUAUCGUGUGGGUCCCACCAUGUGGCCGUCCUGACACUACGGAGUGAGGUUUUCACAUGGGGCCGAGGGGCCAAUGGGCGGCUGGGCCACGGGGAUGCAGAGGACCGGGGUUCCCCCACACUGGUCGAGGCCCUCAAGGACCGGCACGUGCGCAACAUUGCAUGUGGAUCCAACUACACAGCCUGCAUUUGCAUCCACAAGUGGGUGUCGGGGGCCGACCAGUCGGUGUGCACCGCAUGCAGGCAGGCGUUCGGGUUCACGAGGAAGAGGCACAACUGCUACAACUGUGGGCUUGUCCACUGUCAUGCGUGCAGCUCAAAGAAGGCGAUGAAGGCUGCCCUUGCCCCAACGCCGGGUAAGCCGCACAGGGUGUGCGAUGCUUGCUACCUGAAGCUUAAGAAGGCGGCCGAGGUUGGGAGCCAGGUGGCCAUAAACAGGAGGCAGUCGGUCCACCGUGGCUCGGUGGAUUUCAGCAACCGACACGACCGGCCCGAAGUGAGGGGCUCGCGGGUGCUGCUGUCUCCUACGGUUGAACCAGUGAAGUAUCUGGAGAUCAAGUCGGGGGUGGCAGGGGGCAGGUCAGAUGACUACUCCAUUGUCCGAGCCUCGCAAGUGCCAUCCUUGUUGCAGCUGAAGGACAUCGCUUUCCCGAGUUCACUUAGCGCACUCCAGUACGCUCUGAAGCCCGUGAUCACAUCAGGUCCACAACAGUUGCAGCAGCCCACGACACAGUAUCAGUCAAGCUCAAGGCCCGCAUCACCCUACUCGAGGAAACCUAGCCCACCACGCUCGGCGGCCCCGGUUUUCUCGAGGGGCGUUGUGGAUACUCUGAAGAAGACGAAUGAUGUCUUGACGCAAGAGAUCUCUAAACUCCACAACCAAAUCAAGAAUUUGAAACAAAAGAGUGAAGCUCAAGAUGUGGAAAUUCACAAGUUGAAAGAAACUGCUGACGCAGCAAACGAGUUGGCUGCCGAUAGAUCUUCCGUGUGCGUUAGAGCCAUGCGAGCUGUCAAGACCAUCGCGGAUCAAUUGAAAGAAAUUACUGACAAAAUACCCCCCGAGAUAUCAGAAAGUGAAUCUUUCAAGAACAUUCAAGCUCAAGUCGAGUCACUUCUCGACAACAUCGGGUCCCAAGCACUUGAUGAUAAUCCCGCUUUGCCUCCAGAACCAUCACCUGACCAACAGCAUAAUCAUUCGUCAGCGUGUGAAGCAAAUCACAAAGAAGAUCACAGAACAGAAGAUAGUAAUGCCAAUGGGACUCAACAGGAAACAGGUGAGGCAUCCGUCUCUCAUGCGCAAGGUACAAGUCAGUCGAGCACGGAGAAUGGGUCAGGGACCCCUCGGGCUACGCCAGUCGAGGGACAAAGGGAAGUUAUUGAGCAAUUUGAGCCAGGUGUUUAUGUGACGGUCAUUCAACUUGCCAAUGGCACCAAGCUCUUCAAGCGGGUUAGAUUCAGCAAGCGAAGGUUUGAUGAGCAUCAGGCAGAAGAAUGGUGGAAAGAAAAUAAGGACAGGCUACUGAGAAGGUUGGGGAUGGAUGGGUACUUCUGGCCGGCGGCUUGUUUUCUUCUUCGCAGCAAAUGGGUCGGCUCCAUCGGUGUCGUGUGGGGAGAGGUGUUGGUGUUCGGCCUCCUGGUGUUGUUGUUUGGUGGUGUUGCCAAUGAAAGGGAGCUUCAGUUCUCUAGGUCCGGUUCUAGUUUAGCGUUUCAGGAGUUGGGAGUUUCUAGUCAUGUUCUACUUGGGGCCGAAGUUUUGUUGUGUUUCUUGGUGGUCGCCUCCAGGUAUUAG